AUUUUCAGAAUCCCAUGGCUGGGUUUCUGAGUGGGUCCCUCUCGACAGGCCCCAAGUCCCCUUCCUUAGCGGCCUCUCCCUAGUAUUAUUUACCCAGCGCUUAGCACUGUGCACAGACUAGGCGCUCAAUAAACAUUUGUUUUAUGAAUGAACCUGUGAGUGCGUGAACUAGUUAAGCCUAACUCCGGUGUCUUCGGAUGCUUCCGGUCUUCUUCGUAAACCCUCGGCUAUUCCCGACGAAGGCACCGAGGCCCGCUCGGACAUCUUCGGCACUCUCCGGAAACGCCCUUCAGCUCAGUGUCUGCCUUCCCCUAUUGGCUCACGCCCGGUUCGGGUCUGUCCGUAACCGCUCGGCCACGUUCGGAACCCUUCGGCUAAUCCCGGCGGCCCUCUCUUACUUCUCUCUCCCCAGGGUCCUCUUAAAAUAAACUCCUAAACUCUUCGGAGUCUGGAGAAAAGUUUCUCGGAACCUUCUCGCAGACUGCCAGCGUGGGUUUCCUGUCGGGCGAGUUGAUGUUUAGAGGAAAGGAGAUUUGCCUGGGGAAGCUCUUGGUUCCUUUAGGGGUUCCACACCUGUUGGUCCAGCUCCCAUUGUUCCCCUGCAGUCCGCCCUGCGUCACGCCCAUUAAACCUCCCGGAAGUUUAUUUCCUGUUGUCGGGGUCACGUUAAGGGGCAGGAGCCUUGCCCGAUGGAGGUCUGUGGGCUCGGCCUCACCGGCACCGGGCCUGGGGCUGGGGGGACCUCAGGAGACCCCUGAGAACAAAAGGAAUGGCCGCGCCUCUGCCACCUCCACGAGUGCCCCUGGGCUUGCACUUAGGUCUGGAACCUCCCCGAGGGCAGGGGUCCCGUCUGCGCCCGUGGGCUUCGCCGUGUCGGGUCCUGACAGUCCAGAGGCCCCGGCGGAAACCACGGAGCAAACGCGAGAGGCGCGGUUUGUCCGGUGCCCCCGCAGCGUCCCGAAUCGGGGCCGUGUGCCGCUCCGCGCUCCCUGGGGCGCAGGGGCCCUAGGCCACCGCUGUCUGUGAGCCCGGCUGCCCCCAGCAGAGGGCUCCGAGGGCCGAGCCCUGCGCAGCACCCGGGCCAGGGCGCCCCGUCCGCGCCCAGCUCAGGUGACCGGGCGGGCGCCGGGCACACCUGGCGCCGUCCCCUGACCCCGCCCCGGUCUGGCCGCACCCCAGGACGCUCUCGGUGGGAGCCAGCGCGGCGCAGCAGGGCCAUGGCGGCCGUGCCGGCGGUGUGCGCCGCGCAGGGGCCCCCGCCCAGCGCACCGUCCCCGCCGGCCGGCGUGCCCGUGCCCUCGUCCGGCCUGGGCCGCUGCCGGAUGGCGCUGCUGCUGGCCGUGGCGCUGGACGUGGCGGGCAUGGCGGCGCUGCUGACCGGCGUGUUCGCGCAGCUGCAGGUGCGCGGCCGCGACUUCGGCGACCUGCUCAUCUACUCGGGCGCGCUGCUCGUCUUCCUGAGCCUGCUCGGCUGGAUCCUCUGGUACACCGGCAACAUCGAGAUCUCGCGCCAGGAGCUCGAGCGCGACUACGGCCUGCGGCCCUCGGCGAUCGCCCGCCUCGCGCGCAAGCUCUCCCGCCGCUGGUCGGCGCCCGCCGCCGCCGCCGGCCCGCGCGCCGCGCUCGGCUCCCGGGGAGCACGCCGCGCCGCCCGCGCGACCCCGCCACCCGCCGCCGGCUCCCGCCGCGUGCGCCUGCAACUCGCCACGCUCGAGGCCGGGCCCGGGGCGGCGGGCGCGGGCAGCGAGUGAGGCCGAGAGGAACCUGUGGCCCCACCUGUCAGGACCGGACUGAGAUGUGCAGCUGCCCUCAGCAUCACCUGGCCGCCAGGAUGCCUACCUGCCCUCCCUCUCUCCUGCCCUGGAUAAAUGGCUCUGCCCCUCA